GAUGUUGACGGCGGCUUUAAUUGAAACGAAAAUCUAUCGGGAAAUUGUUCGAACUUGUUAGUUUUAGUUAAUAUAUGCAUAUACAAUUGGGAGGCGGGUUUUCUCAAGCGUUAUCACGCCCGAAAUUCCCCGUUGGUGAAAACAUUGCAAUAAUAUAUUAUGAUUUAUAUAUGUGCGUGCCAUACAAGUGAUUAUUGGCCAAUGCAGAAACAUUUAUUAGUUGCAUUCCUAUGUAGUCCGAGAGUACAUUAAUUGCAAUACAAUGGCAAAUUAUAUAUAUAUAUUGUCCAUUUGCCUAGUUGUUGCAGCUUUAGCGCAAUUGAUUGUUGCGGACACAUCAACAUUAGAACGAAUUAAGAAACACCAAGAAUGGCUAAACCGACAUAAACUCAGAACGGAAAAAGUCAAAUAUACCAAAUGGAAAGCAUCUUUUGAGCCAGCUAAGCUAUGGCUGAUAAACAAAGAACCUUCAACAAAGCAGAACUCAAGCAUCAAUGAGGUAUACACGGAAAACGAAACAAGCUCUAUCAAUAGCAAUAUGAUUGGCGAUGCCAACAUUAACGUGUUGCCCACCGUCUUAACCCAAACGCCUCAUCUACGUAGCCUCGACGAGCAAGAAGUAUUAAAAAAUGCCAACUCAACUGAAGUAUCGCAAAUGUGGACAACUGCGGCGCCAACUUUGGCAACGAAAUCUUUAAUAGCUGAAGAGCCCGAUGUAUUGACCACUGCAUUGACAUUACGGAAGUUGGAUGAUGUUCCCUCAACUGCCACAACGACUACGACUACGACUACGACUUCUAGAAAGCCCAAGCCCAAGCUUAGGCCCUUUCCUCGAUGGGCUAAUUGGAAUCCCUGGAGUGAAUGUUCCCGCAGUUGUGGAGGCGGCGUAAUGCAUCAGACUCGCAAGUGCAUUGAUCGAAAUUCUACGACCAGUAGAGUAUAUAUGAGUGAUACUUGUGUGGGCCUCUCGAAACGCUAUCAGAUAUGCAAUGACCUUCCCUGUCCAAUGGAAUCAAUGGAUAUUCGUGCAUAUCAAUGUGCUGCAUACAAUAAAGUUGACUUUCAGGGUCGUCAAUACAACUGGGAGCCAUACAUUAAAGACGAUGCCGAGUGCGAGCUGAACUGCAAGCCUUUGGGCAUGAAAUACUUUGCCACACUCAAUGAUACGGUUAUUGAUGGCACCCCCUGCCAGAGGCCCGCUGAGUAUUAUCGCUCCAAUCGGUCCACUCUAGUGGGCCGGGCAAUAUGUGUCGACGGCAUUUGCAAGGCCGUUCUUGGCAAUGGCUCCAUAAAGGGCCUGUACGCUAAUAGCGGUUCAGUCAGCUGCGGAGGCCUACUCUGCCGUCCCGUAACUGGAAUCUUUACGCGCGAUCCGUUGCCAGAGGACGCUUACGUGCAUGUGGCCACAAUACCAUCGGGUGCUUCCAAUAUAUCCAUAACUGAACUCAAGAACAGUGCGAAUUUACUUGUGUUGCGCACAAGCGAACAGAAGAACAUUUUCAAUGGCGAGAACGAGAUCUCGGAGAGCGGAUCAUAUGAGGCAGCGGGCGCAACUUUUGACUAUCAUCGCAUCGAUGGAGUGCAGCAGGGCGAGGGCGUCACUGAGUGGAUCACAUGCACGGGCCCCAUCAAAGAUCCUGUGGAGCUCCUAGUUUACAGCAAUAUACUGAAUCCUGGCAUUAAGUACGAGUACCUUCUGCCCAUUGUCUCGGACUCGGAGGAAAAUGAAUUGUCUCUGGAGAGUAGCGAUGGCUUCCUAAAAGCUGGUGCUGGCAGCGAUGAUGGCAGCUCUGGCAGCAGCAUCCGCUCGGGACGCAGGCGUAAAUUCAACUGGAAGGUGGUUGGCUUCAGUGCCUGCACCAAGUCCUGCGGUGGCGGCACCCAGUCGCCUAUCGUGCGCUGCGCCCGUGAGAAUCCAGUGCGUUACUAUUCGCAGCGUCGUUGCAGUCAUUCGGAAAAGCCGGUGCUGAACGAGAAUCUGCUGCACUGCAACACACAGCCGUGUCCGGCCUAUUGGCGGCACGACGAGUGGGGCGAAUGUCGUUGCCAGCAUGGGGAGUCUGUGCGGCGACGGGAGCUGAGCUGCGUCCAGGAGCUGGCGUCGGGCAUUGUCAUUCACGUGGAUAAGGCCGCCUGCAUGGAGGAGCAGCCGCCCAGCGAAAAGCAAUGUGAGUGCCCCAAGGCGCGACGCCGCAACUCUGCCCGCUAUCGCAUGCACCUCCAUCCCGAUGCGGCCAAUGGAACACAUCUCGUGCGCCAUCGUGCACCAAAAGUUGCCAGCGAUGCGGUUUGGAUAAUGUCCGAAUGGAAUCAGUACUGUUCAUCGUCGUGUGGCCCGGGCAUCCAGUAUCGCACCAUCUUUUGCGAUCGCCCUAAAACUAAAAGCGAGCGUUGCGAACCCCGCGACAUACCAGAGAACCGCAGGCCCUGCGAGCAAACAGCCUGCGAAAUGGGAGAUUGGUUUACCGGACCCUGGUCGCCAUGCAGUGGCGAUUGCUUCAAUCUAACCCGUAGUCGAACCGUGCUGUGCAUUAAGAACCAGCUUAUCACGGACGACGAGGAGUGCAAGACGGAACUAAGACCGCAGCCGCUCGAGAACUGCUCGCACGAAGAGAUUGAAUACUGUGCGCCGCGCUGGCAUUACUCUGAUUGGUCUGAGUGCACCAAAAGCUGCGACGGCGGCACCCAGCGACGCACUGUCAAGUGCCUGGAGUACGACGACAAGCAGAAUGCUCUACGGGAAUCCUCAAAGUGCCGAUACGCAUUAAGGGAGCCCAUCUAUCGCAACUGCAAUACCCAGAAAUGUGAAGAUCUGAAUAACGAACUGGUCCAGAAUGACGAGGCACCGCCCUGCGUGGAUAACUUUCCCAAUUGCAAGUGGGCCGUGCAGGCCAAGCUAUGCAGCUAUGAAUAUUAUCGGAACAAUUGCUGUAUCUCCUGCACUCGGCCAUAUUAAAUCGAACAUGUCGAAAAUGUAGCUUUAAUUGUUGCGAAUGAAUGGAAAAUGAAAAGAAAAUAACGAAAACCGUGAUCUUAAAGCAAUUUCUUACAUAUAUAUAUUCAUAACUGAUCAUUAGUACAUACAUAUUUGCAUACCUAUCAAAACUAGCCGCAAAUUCUCAGUAUGAAUUCCAAUUUGACAUACGAGUGCAUUUACAUCUAUUAACACAUACCACUUAAGUGCAUAAAUACGUAAACGAAGCAUAAACAAAUACAAUAACAUUUUACUAAACAACUCACAUAUGAUAAAUGUGGACCUGAAGCUAAAUCAAGUGCCACACUUAAAGAUAUUAUACGAAACUCCUCUAACUCCCAAAAGUGCUUGCAGUACUAUGAAUAUUCUACGAGGAUUGGAUGAACACCCGAUCCGAUCU